GGCAACAGCAGUCACACAGGCGGUGUAGCAGUCCCUGCCCCGGCAGCCAGCAGGCCUUUAGAGGAGGUGCCAGACUCAGAGAAUCUCAUCUGGAGAGUCUUGCUGGGCGAGCAGAUUGGUCCGGACGAGGGAGAGGGAUUGUUCUCGUCGGAGGUGGGGCCAUUGGAGGUAGACUAUAGCAGCGUGAAGUUCCCCCUCAAAAGCUCACUGGGGGAGUUCAGUCUGGGCCGGCGGAGAAAUGAUAGUGGAGACCUGCCGUUCCCCAACAGGACUCUGCUGAUGGGGGUGAGGAGCAACAACAGUACCAACAGAACCAGGUACAGUAAUUCAUGUUGGCUUCCCUGCGUCCAAACACCGCUUCGCCAGUUCUCCUGCCAGUGCCCCAUAAAACACAUCACAUGACCCACCCUGUCUUCCCCUGCCCUGGGGAGAAGAACAUAUUGGAGGAGGAGAAGGAUAGGAGGGGAGUAGAGGAAGACAUUUACAUUUUAGUCAUUUAGCAGACGCUCUUAUCCAGAGCGACUUACAGUUAGUGAGUGCAUACAUUUUUUCAUACUGGCCCCCCAUGGGAAACAAACCCACAACCCUGGCGUUGCAAACGCCAUGCUCUACCAACUGAGCUACACAAUCUCAGACAAUUACAGACAAUUACAUUGUUCCUCUUCAUUUUUUUUUUCAAAGUUUAAAAUAUGUAAAGAAACAAAAAGUAAUAUUCUUCUUCUAGCAACGCAAAUGAGAAACAUUGCAUAUUUUCCCCAUUUGAAGUACAGUGUUAUAUCUCAGAUUAGACAUCUUGAAAUGUAAGCCUAAAGCAAAGACAGACCAAUAAUCCUGCUUCCUAGUGCCUCUGACCAGAAUAUCAACAGCGUAGAUGUCAACAUAUUUUGACAUCUAAGCCUAAUUUCGUGAGCUGUGCAGUCAGGGCGUCUAUUAGCUCCUGUUUCUUGGUCCCUGUGACCUUCACCCCAAACUGCUUACAGGCGUCCUUCAGCACGGGCACCGUCAGCUUACCCAGGGUGCCUUUCUGUACGUGACCCCUCAGCUCGUCCUCAGACAUCUCCACCUUGGGCUUCUUCUCUGCGCCGCCUGCCGCCUCAGCUGGUUUGCGUUUGGGUGCAGUCUUGCCCUCUGGGUUGUAGUCAGCAGGGUACACCAGAUCUCUGAACUCCUGAGCCAGGGAACCAAGACGCUGGUCCAUCAUAUUCACAUUGGGCAUGGUGUGGUCCUCUACGUGCUCUGGGGCCAUGAGAUCUAAAGCCAAGGCUUCCAGGUUCCUGUAGUGUUGCUGGAGGACUGGGUUCUCAAACGCAUCACUCCUGUAUUUGAAGUGUAGCUUGUGUACUAUCUCCUUAUUUUUAUUUAUUUUAUUUUUUUGUCAUUUAGCAGACGCUCUUAUCCAGAGCGACUUACAUGAGCAAUUAGGGUUAAGUGCCUUGCUCAAGGGCACAUCGACAGAUUUUUCACCUUCAUCUUGUCCACCUGGGCGUUGGAGGCCAUGGGGAGCUGAGGAGUGUCCAGGGUACGGAUGUCAUCCGCGUAGGGCAGGAAGAUGCCAUGGAAGCCUGGAGCUGCAAUCUGAGCCUGGCCCUCAUCCACCUCUCUUUGGGGCACCAGCACUAAGAAGCGCGUGGGAGAGUUAAGAAUCUGUGUGUAUUUACACAGAUUGAACACGUUCCUCUCACUACAUCUGCGCAGCAACGCUGUGAAAACACAGGCACUCCCUGUGACCAUUUCCUCCUCUGGGUAGAUGAAGACAGCAGAUCUGAGGUGAUGGUGCAGUUUGAGACGCUCCAUGGGCUUGAACCCAAUCAGCUCCAGACCCGGGUCAGAAAACUUCUUUAUCACAUCCACCUCGUCUUUCUCCAUCACUAUCUGCUUGCCUGCAUACACCUGAGCCUUCUUGGUGUCGCUGGGGAGCAGCAGGCUGCCCGUCUGUGUGUGGUAGAGUCGUGUCUUAGUGCGGACAGGCUCGUUGUUGUCUCUGUAGAGCUUGAUGGCGUUAGGCUUCUUGGUCUGUAGGGCCGUGAUGUACACACCCACCGCCAUGUUCAUCCCUUCCCCCAGACACAGAUUCAACCUUGCGAACGAUCUCUUCUUCAUCUCCUUGGCUCUGACCCUCUUCUGGAGGUCCUCCAAUUUCCUACAAGGCUCCAUCUGCAGGCCCAGCUCAGCCUCGUCCUCGGGGGGGCUCACCACGUCGCAGAAGAAGAGCGAGACGUCGAACCCACCUGGCUUCAUCAGAUGCAUCAGGUCUAUCAUCACACCAGUCUCUUUGAGGUCGCUAGCCUUGGUGCGGGCCUGGCGGUCGUGCUCGCUGUCGCCCCUGUGUGGCAUGUCUCGGCAGGUGAAGAUCAUGAGGCGUUUGUGGGAGAGCCGAAGCUUGAUGUCACUGUAGAGAGAAGGGCAAGUAGGAGACGGAGGGGGACAGAUUAUUUGAAAAUACACAGGAACUUUGAAUCAUACUUCACUGGCAUAUCUCAGUGUAACUGUGACUAAUUUCUGCACAUUUCUCCCUAGAGGUGACUACAGUCUGACAGUAUGUUUCUUCCCAGUCAUAUUUUUCACUUUGCCGCAAAUACCUUAAAUUAUUUGUUUUUAAGUGAAAGACUGUAUCCCUUUUUUUCUUCUUCUCCUCCUCUUCUUCCUCUUCCUCCUCUACCUCUUCCUAAUUUUCCUCCUCCACUUCCACUUCCUCUUCUUCCUCUUCCUCCUCUACCUCUUCCUAAUUUUCCUCCUCCACUUCCACUUCCAGUUCCUCUUCCUCCUCUUCCUCCUCUACCUCCUCUACCUCUUCCUCAUUUUCGUCCUCCUCUACCUCCUCUACCUCUUCCUCAUUUUCGUCCUCCACUUCCUCCUCCUCCUCCUCUACCUCCUCUACCUCUACCUCUUCCUCCUUUUCCUCCUCUUCUUCAUCUUCCUCCUCCUCUUCCUCCUUUCCUCCUACUCAUUCUCAUUCUCCUCCUCCCUCCCUCUCCUGGUCCCCCUUUUCCUCUAAAGCAUCUCUGCUCUGGUAAUAAAAAAUGGCCAGUGAUAUGUCACUUUUAUGUGAAUGAAUGAAAAACAGAAUGUCGCUGGUUGUUAUGAUUUUGAUGGUGAGGUUAAUCAGCCGUAGCAGUGAAUCAGCAAUGUGUGUGUGUGCGUGAGAGGGAGAGCUGGGGUUCAGUGGGUUCACUGUGAAGGCCUGGUUAUGUCGUGUUUGACAGGACUAAUCAGAGGUUCCUGCAGAAGAACUUCAAGCUGAGCCCUGCAGACAUGUACCGCUGGAAACUGUCUUCUCAGGAACCCUGCACCUCCACCUGCUCUAUAGGUAGACACACAAACACGCACACACGUAUAUGGAUAAGUUAUGACAUUUUAAGUUAUUCCUUCGCUGGCCUGUUAUAAUUUCCACUACAGGAGUGUCAAAGUCCUUUGCCAUGUGUGUGCGCUACGACGGCGCUGAGGUAGAUGACAUGCACUGUGACACUAUGACUCGACCUGAGCCUGUUCAUGACUUCUGCAUUGGGAGGGAGUGCCAGCCCAGGUAUGCACCAGAAAAUAACAGACUUAAAAAGUACUACACUGAGUAUACCGAACAUUAGUAACACCUUCCUAAUAUUGAGUUGUACCCCCCCCCCCCUCCCCCCAUUUGAAGUGGAUGUAACAAGUGACAUCAAUAAGGGAUCUUAGCUUUCACCUGGUCAGUCUAGGUCAUGGAAAGAGCAGCUGUUCUUAAUGUUUUGUAUACUCAGUGAAUAAGGACGUUGUGGGAAUCAAAGUUCCUUGAGAACAAUGUUUGUCUCUUUUCCACGUUGAACAAGGAACUGUAAACUGGUGUUGGCCGCUACCAUACCAUUUACAGUAAUAAUAUUUGAUUUCAUUGACUUCAGAAGAUAACUAAUUAUACCUGAACUCUACUCUGUGUGCAUUCCUUCACCCUCAGGUGGGAGGCCAGCAACUGGAGUGAGUGUUCUUGUACCUGUGGCGAGGGCUUCCAGUUCCGUCUGGUGCGCUGCUGGAAGAUGCUGUCCCCCGGGCUGGACAGCUCUGUGUACAGUGACCUCUGCACCCUGGCAGAGCUGGAGAGGCCCCUGGAGCGCCGUGCCUGUAAGAGCCCCACCUGUGGCCCCCAAUGGGAGGUGGCAGAGUGGACUGAGGUGGGUGGAGCUAUACUGUGGGAGUUGGCGGUGGGACAGGGGUUGUGUGUGUGUGUGUGGUUUACAUUACAGGAAUUACUGCGUAGGAAAACUGUAGUAAGUACAUUGUUGCAUCCUACUUACAACUGUUUGGGCAGCUGUAGAUGAUAUUGAAAGUGAGUCUGUCCUGUGCCUCUCCUCUCUCCUGUCCAGUGUCCAGCCAAGUGUGGCCACAGGGCCCAGGUGACCCGGGAGGUCAGGUGUUCAGACGAAACCAAGUCAUGUGAUCCCCCGACCAGCCCCCCUAACACCAAGAACUGCACAGGCCCGCCCUGCGAGCGCCAGUGGACUGUGUCAGAGUGGGGGCCGGUGAGUACACUACUUUCACUAUACUACUCCAUUUGUUUGGUACAUUGAUUACUGAUAGGAAUAGGGAUUGCACUGACUGUAAGUCGCUCUUGAUCACUGAUACAAUAUUUUCUGGCCUUGUCAUUCCUGUUAACCUUUGACCUCUGCAGUGCUCGGGGUCGUGCGGCCAGGGGAAGAUGGUACGCCACGUGUACUGUAAGACACCAGAGGGUCGUGUGGUGCCUGAAUCCCAGUGCUCUCCGGAGAAUAAGCCCCUGGCCAUCCAUCCCUGUGGGGAGAAGGACUGUGCCCCACACUGGCUCACUCAGGACUGGGAGAGGGUAAGGAAACUGGGUCCUUCUGUUGAUGUUCUCUUAAUGCUCUGUUGGUGUUCUAUGUUUUUUAUUGAUGGUCUGUUGAUGUUAUGAUGAACAUUUUGGCAAUGUUUACUUGAUGUUCUCUUGAUGUUCUAUAUAUGUUCUCUUUAUGUUUUGUUGAUGUUUUUUUGGUUAGAGAUUCAUUAGCUAAGAGCAAUCUUAUUUUCCUCUCAGUGUAACACGACAUGUGGCCGUGGUGUGAAGUGGAGGAUCGUGCAAUGCGCCGGCAUCACUUCUGGGAAGUUCCAGACCCACAACAACGAGGACUGUGGUGCCAGUGAGAGGCCAGAGGACGAGAACACCUGCUUUGAGAGGCCCUGUUUCAAGUGGUACACCACGCCCUGGUCUGAGGUGAGAUACAAUGCCAUGGUUGAAAUGGUAUCUAAAAACAUCAUGACAUGAGCAAUACAUUCUAUCUACACACCUCACAUAUAUGGCGACAGUGAGCAGUGCUGCUGUGUUUAUUCCUGCACUAAGACGUGUGGUUUGGGGCGGCAGGUAGCUUAAUGGUUAAGAGCGUUGUGCCAGUAACCGAAAGGUCGCUGGUUCUAAUCCCCUAGCCGACUAGGUGAAAAAUCUGUCGAUGUGCCCUUGAGCAAGGCACUUAACCCUAAUUGCUCCCGUAAGUCGCUCUGGAUAAGAGCGUCUGCUAAAUGACUAAAAUUUAAAUGUAAAAUGUGUGUUCACUCCUCAUUGCACUAAGACGUGUGGUGUGUUCACUCCUCAGUGCACUAAGACGUGUGGUGUGGGUGUCAGGAUGAGAGAUGUAAAGUGCUACCAGGCUAGGGAGAUCGUGAGAGGGUGUGACCCCCUGACCAAGCCUGUGGCCAAGCAGACCUGCGCCCUGCAACCUUGUCCCACUGAACCCCCAGGUAUGUAAGCAAUAGCCUGGUCCCAGAUAUGUUUGUGCUGUCUUUCCAACGCCAAUGACCAUAGGAGUUGGCAAGACGGCACAAACAGAUCUGGGAUCAGGCUAUACAAGCAGCACCUCACCACAGCUUCUGGCAACUUUAGGAGAGUUACAGUAGCUUAUGUCUAGUCACAGGCAAAAGUACACUGGAGAACACAGCAUCGUCAAAGCACUUGUUUUUAAAUGUAUUAUUUGUAGUACUUUUUUCCUUUUCACAACUGAGAGAAUUAUUAGUGUGGGCAAGCACCUCUUUCUUUCAUAACAGCCCAAAGUCCUGAGCGUUUAGAUUAUGGAGGCAAAAAGGCUGAUUAAUUAAUUAAUUAAUUAAUAGAUUUGUCUGUACAGUAUUUCCUGAUUGUGGUGAGGCUACUUUUUCCAUAUGAUUGAACACAUCAUAAAUGUCUCUCUGCCAUGCAGAUGAGCGCUGUCAGGACCGGCCCACCACCAACUGCUCUCUAGCUCUGAAGGUGAACCUGUGCAGCCACUGGUACUACAGCAAGGCCUGCUGCCAUUCCUGCAGGGCCCAGCACGCCUCU